AUGUCAAGAUCGUGGGCCUCUUCGCUUUUUGUGGCCCUGACUUUCGUUUCCGCAAUUACGUGCACGCCUACGACGCCUGGCUCGAGGAGACAAUCAAGCAAUGAUAUUGUCACGGGGGUCGAUUCUAGGGAUCAGAAUGGCAAUCCCUUUCUCCGUCUGGAGGUGCGCGAUCUGCAAGCGAACCAUCCCGAUCAGUGGAAUCUCUAUCUCCUGGGGCUCGAUCAAUUACACAUAACCAAUCAAGAAGAUCCGUAUUCUUACUACAGUCUUGCCGGCAUUCACGGAAAGCCAUACAAAGUGUGGCUCGACGCGCCGGGCUUGAGCCAUAAGAUCGGCACCUCGGGUUAUUGUCCUCAUAGCAUGGCACUCUUCCUCGGAUGGCAUCGCCCAUAUCUAGCUCUUUUCGAGCAAAAGCUACAUAUGCGUAUGCGUGAGCUUGCCGAGAAUGCGCCUGCUGAUCAAAUUGAUCGUUAUCGAUGGGCAGCGUAUUCAUUUCGGAUGCCAUACUGGGAUUGGGCUCAAGGAGAACAAAGCGGUAAUGUGCCCGAAUUUUUCAUGACACCAACGACGGUGGUCACUACCCCUGAGGGCCGUAGUAUUGAGAUCUGGAAUCCGCUCUACAAGUACGAGUUUAAGCCGGUACCGUCCGCAGGAGCCUUUGGCGGCAAGUGGCCCCAGAUCAACCACACAAUUCGAUGGCCGGCAUCGAAUAGUCCUUGGGAAGAGUCUCGUGACUCUGAGUUUGCAGCAAGCUUCAUCAACUUGAGGCGUUCUAUUCAAGACCAGGCCGCGAUCGCGUUUCGACGAGGUACCCUGAAUGGCUUCUGGGAAGCCUUGGAGAUGGUACAUGGCUGGGUACAUGGAGUAAUCGGCGGGGGCUAUUCCAGUGGGUACGGUGGCGAAGGUCACAUGUGGCCUCUGGAGUACUCUUCGUACGAACCGCUGUUUUGGCUCCACCACACGAACGUCGACCGCAUGUUUGCCCUGUAUCAAGUACAGAACCCCGGUGCUUUCCUUCUGCCCUCAAACGUUCACAGUAGCGGCAACUUAUUUGUGGAAGACAACACAGUGGUCGAUGGAAACACGCCACUACUUCCCUUUCGACGCAGUCCAGGUAGCUUUUGGACAACAAACGAGGCUAUGGACUGGAGGGUGUUUGGUUACGACUAUCCCGAGACGCAAUCGGCCGAUACUGCAUCUGCACAGGCGACAGUUGCGCUACUCUACAGUGGCAGUGUGCGAGGUAGAAUCGCAACCGGCCAGCUUGGGGGUAUUGGAAGGCACUUCACGCCAGGUACUGAAGAGACCACUUACACUGACUGGAUCAUCAAUACAGCAGCGGCACCACUCGACCUGCCCCCCACUUUCGUUGUCGAAUUCUCGUUUGCAGGCAAUUCCUCGUCAGGCCCAGUUACGAAUGUAGGCAUGUGGUCGGUUCUGAUGCCAAUGGAUCAUAACAAGGCGAAGCGUUCGCUCCGUGAAGCUGAAAAGACCAGGAAACGCGCGACCGCAUCGGAUAUGACACUGCGCGGUACGGUCAGUUUAACAUCUUGUCUAUUGGAUCAGAUCGAUGCUGGCAAGCUUUCCAGUCUUGACCAGCAGGACGUUGUGCCUUUCCUAAAAGAGAAUUUGACUUGGAAGGUUUACUCGGGUGACGGCACACAACUUCCGACCUCAAGCUUAGACUCCAUCAAUGUCGAGGUGGCUAGCCAGGCUGCACGUGUUCCUAGUGAUACUAGCUUGCCGAUUGAAUAUAGUAACGAUGCUGUUGCGCAUUCUGAGGCGACAGCGGGUAAGAUGGGCGGUGCUAAUUGA